CAUGAACUGGUGAUUUCCGCGUGUUUUCGGCAAGAUCUUGCUUCAUAUUCUGUCGCCAUUGUAGGCUUGUGAAAAUGUGAAUCUCCAGCACUGGAAGGGCGGAGGCAGAGCAAAGUGUUGUUAACAAGUAGGCAGGGUCUUGUUGAAUAUUCACAAUAUCACAAGUUAACCUGCUCACCAUCUAAACUGGAACACCGGAGUAAACUGUCAUAAUGCUGUGCAGCGCGUGUGUAAAAUGUUGGCGUUAAAAACCAUGCAAAAUUAACAAUGUUAUACACCAUGUCAGUUGUGUCCGUAUUCUACGGUUGCUGGAGUCAUUGGAACCAGGUUCAACCAGAGUGUGUUGGCGGCACAGCCUGGAGCGGAUGUGGGAUGCUGGGGCAUCAGGGCCGGGUCCGGCCCGGCAUUGGAGUUCAUGUUAUUUGAGGUGGAUGUUAUCAUCACCUUCUGAAUUGGGGUAGGAACAAAACACUUCUUGGGAUGAAACUUUGUCAAAGCAAACUGGUUCAGGUCGUGAAAGGUUGAAUGAUGUAACUGCUUCUAUAGAUGAAACGCCCCAAAGACAACAGUGCUUAUAAAACAACCAAGAGAGAGAGAGAGAGACAAAGAGAGAAAGGAAGGCAGUCUGGGAUUGUACAGACAUAACGGGGACAGAUAAGGACAAACUCUGAGUGUCUGUGUCACGGCCCUGUUUCAAGAUGGGUGUGUAUGGAAGCCUCGUCACCAGCUCAUUUCUGCUCUUCUUAAUUAUGGAAGCAGGGGCAGAAACCUGCAACGGGCCUUUCAUUGAUCCUCCUCAUCUGAUCGUUCAAUAUGGAGAUCCAGCAGAGGCAGUCUGCAGUGCCCUCGACCCAACAGUCAACCUCCUGGGAUGGGAAACCCCUGUGGGCGCGAAGAUGAGGAAUGGCAAGGGGUACCUGGUCUAGCAAGUAUCAAGUCUGACUGACUGGAGCCUUGGCAGUGAAAUAAAGUGUUUCACAAAUUCUGAUGCAGGAGAACAGUGUGUGAGCGACCUUAACAUCACAAUAUACAAGCCUCCUGCCAGAGUGUCCAUUCAUGUUGUAAAUGAUGUUGGUGAGUUUGUUGGGCUCCAUAUGACCAUCUCAGCGUGACAUGGUUUAAAGAUAAGCAGCAGCUCUCAAAUGCCCUCAUCAGUAACACCACAUUCUGUGGAGAUAGAAGUGAAAAUGUGACGGUGACACAAACACUAGAGCUCACUGCUAGCAGAGAGGACCAUGGAGCCCAGUACAGAUGUGAGGCCGAGCUCCAGCUCAUCCGGUGAAGAGCUCAGCGCCCCUUUGGAUUUCUGUGCUUUGCCUUCUGCAAUAUGAAUAACGGUAGGCCACCUACUGGCAGACCGACUGGAGGUAGGCUCUUGCCCCGGCGAGAGAGAAGAUCCUCCAUCCCUGAGAUGAAGGUCUUAAGUGACAAAAAGUUCAGUCACAGGGUAGUGAUGCAAGAAUCUGCUGGGCGCUCACAUGUGGCUGGCCUGGAAGAGCCCACCAGGUACCCCCUGUUGCCAACGCACAGACGGCCUGGACCAAUGCUGACCAAUGCUGUUCCACGGAAGACCAAUGCAGCUGUCCACUGCUGCAAACUGCCCCCACUUCCCCAUACCCUCAACUUUCUCAGCCCUGAAUAUCCUGCGACUUACGCUGAUGAGAACAUCAAGAUGGUGUCUGCUGUUACAAACAACUACAAUAUGGUUGCUUCUGAUGGACAUCCCCAAAAGGUGUUUCCCCUUCUUGUGGAAGAAUCCAACAUGGCAGCAUCCUCUCUGAAGAACAUCAAGAAGAAAGAUGUCCCUCCGGUAAAAGGGUCCCAGAAGGCGGUCCAGCAGUCCACCACUGAGCUAAAUAACAAUGACAAGAAAGCUGAUGCAGCUGUCCACUGCUGCAAGCUGCCCCUGCUUAACAACGAUAUCGAACACGUUUCUGAUGGACAUCUCCAAAUACUGUCUCCCCUGCUUGUGGAAGAAUCCAUUAAGACAGCCUCCACGGUGAGCAGCAGGGAGGUGACUCCUCUGAAAGACCUCAAGAAGAAAGAUGUCCCUCUGGUAAAAGGGUCUCAAAAGGCAGUCGAGCAGUCCAUUGAGCUGAUUAACAACGAGAAGGAAGCUCAGACCAAUAAGACUCCAUUCCCACCUGCCUCAAGCCAGGAUGUCGGCACCAGGAAGCCCCAGCCUCCCUCCAAACUGCCGGUUAGAAAAACAAUUGGUCAACGCACACUGAAGAAGAAAAUGGCUGAAGUUGCCGCCAAUGCACUACAGGUUCUAAAUACAGAGGUCAUUGCUGAUGUCUCUGCUGAUGGCAAGACUCCAGAUGCAAAGAUUGCUGAGGAUCUUGGCAUUGUGGCUACUUGUGAGAAGAAGAAAGACCUCAAGAAGAAAGAUGUCCCUCAGGUAAAAGAGUCCCAGAAGGCAGUCGAGCCGUCCACUGAGCUGAUUAACAACGAGAAGGAAGCUCAGACCAAAAAGACUGUAUUCCCACCUGCCUCAAAGCAGGAUGUCGGCACCAGGAAGCCCCAGCCUCCCUCCAAAAUACCGGUUAGAAAGACCUUUGGUCAACACACACUGACCAAGAAAAUGGUUGAAGCGGCUACGUGCAGUUUUGGUGACUCGGUGGCUACCAGGAUGGUACCCAGAGCCACAUCCCGCAGCAAGCCGGAGGAUAUCUGGGAGCGCAGAAGGGCAGGAAAGCACAGCGAGAGGCCCCUUCUCCUGCAACGCAGUAGGUUCAAGGCAAAGCUGCCGGGCAGCAGGCGGGUGUCCCAGUCCCCCACUCUGCUGCUCAUCACAGAGGUGGACGAGUGCUCGCCCUCAAACUCUAAGGCCUCAUCACCUGCCGAAACAGAGAGUAGCCCUUCUGCCACCAUUCAGCCACGCCCUCCAGCUGGACCCCGCCCACCAAGACGGCCAAAUAACAGGCUGACCCAACCGAGGAGCCAGAGCACGUUUGGAUUUAGAGCGUAUGAGGACGAGACUGAGGAGGAUGAACAGGACAGGCAGAUGCUGGAGGCAAUGCUCUCACCAUGGUUUAGGAGCAAGAGCCGUGGAUCUUGAAAGGAUCAGCCACAUAUUCUCAGUGCAUUUACAAUAAAGUGUUUAACACACACCCAAAAACAUAUUACAAGCUGUUGUGAUCUGGUUUAAGAGCAAGAGUCGUGGCUUUUGAAGGGAUCAGCGGCAUAUUCUCAGGGCGUUUGCAAUAAAGUGACACACAACCAACUUACUUGUUAUGGUCUGAUUAUUUACAAAGUGUAUAUAUACACAUUUUACACAUACAGUAUAAAAAAAUCUGAU